GAAAAUCCCAUACCCGGCACCACCUGCUCCCCUCUCUUCCCACUGACAUUGUGCCCACUAAAAAGCCUUCCCCCCCCCCCCCCCCCCCACUCUUCCUUCACCAGUUUUCACCACCCCCAAAUCCCCCCCUCCCCCCCCUCUCUCUCGUAGGAGUAUCACACACAAGAAAACUGAACCAAUCAGAAUCUCAUGGAAGACCCACGUCCCUUUCUGGGCAGCAAUGCAAACACAAGGGUCACACGAACCAUUGCUCUCUCACUACCCAUCAUCACCCGCCUCUACUCCGCCCUUCACCGUAUCUCAAUCGGAGACCGCUUUGACCCUCAAUUGGACUCAGAGGGCUAUUAUGACAGCGAUGAUGAUCCACCGGCCGCCGAUUACGGCGGCUACUCGAAGCCCUUUCUAGUGCUUGACGUUAUAUGGAACCUAGCCUUUGUCUUGGUGUCUGUGUUUGUGCUUUUGAUUACUUUCCGAGAGAAACCCUCCACCCCUUUGAGGGUUUGGAUCUUUGGGUAUGCUUUACAGUGUUUGUUGCAUGUGGGUUUUGUGUAUCUUGAGUGCCUGAGGAGGCAUCAGUCUCGUUUUAGCGUUGGGCUUGAUGGGUUUCCAUUGACUGACACUCGCAGCAGCAUUGCGAAGAGGUUGGAGUCGAUGAAUACAGUGAUUUCAUCCAUCUGGUGGGUGUUUGGAUUCUAUUGGAUUGUUUUAGGUGGGCAAGCACUUCUGGAAGAUUCUCCCCGUCUUUAUUGGUUAGCAGUGGUUUUUCUGGCCUUCGACGUGUUCUUUAUGGUCUUUUGCAUUGUGAUGGCUUGCGUUGUCUUCUUCGCUCUUUUUUGCUGCUUUCCAGUUUUGGCAACAAUUGCCUAUGCAAUGAGAAUUGCGGAAGGAGCAUCUGAACAUGAUAUCAGGACUCUUCCAAAGUUCAAGUAUCGCUGGGCUAAUUCUUUGAGGACACCUGGAAAUAGUAGGAUGCAAGAACCUGUUGAAUUAACCACUGAGUCAGGAGGGAGUGAUUCCACACCUGAACUUCCUCUUCAUUCAGAGGAUUCUGAGUGCUGCAUAUGCCUUCACCAGUAUGUAGAUGGGGCAGAGCUGUGUGCCCUUCCCUGCAGACACCAUUUUCACGUUGGAUGCAUCAGCAAAUGGCUCCGAAUAAAUGCUACCUGCCCUCUAUGCAAAUUCAAUAUCCUCAGGGGGGAUACCUUAGUCUGAUCCAACUCCUCCUUCUGGGGUUUCAACUCUCAUUUAUUAUAUCCAUAUAGGGAGAAAAAAGCUGAGGGAAAUAGAGAUCAAGAUCUUGCUGAACUGUCCAUAAAGGAUGGGAGAGAAUUUCUUGGUAUCAAAUUCAGGGGUCCAGCUUAAUGUAAUUGUAUAUGUGGAUUUUUCAUCUCUUUUUGAACUUGGCCUUUACCCCUUCUGUGCAUAGAGUUUUUAUCUUUUUUCUUUAGCCGACUCUUGAAUUGUUCUGCUUUGGUAUCCCUAGUCACUGAUUUCAUGUU